GCUUUUUAUGAUAUAAAAAAAUAAGAAUGCCAAAGGUGUUGAAAAAUCUUCACGAGGGAAUUCCCUACCACAAAAUACGAAAAGGGAGUGAUCCAGGUUGCUAUCAACUUCAUAGACCUUCAGAAUGCCGCCUAAAAUUUCCAAUCACCAAAAGACCGAUACACAAAUGCGAGAUACCCAAGAGAGAGUACACGAGGGUGCCGCAGGGUGAAAGUUGGAGGGACUUGAUAGUUCCCAAAACUGAACCCAACUUCUAUCCCGCCGUCAUGCACAAAUCAGAAUUUGAGAGGCUGAAGAAACAAGCCAAGAUAGUAAGUCAAGAGGAACAACUGAAAGCGAUGCACGAACAGGAAGCAGCUAUACAGAAAGCGGCAAAAGAGUCGGAAGAACGCAAGCAACUGCUGAAGGAGAAGUUGCUGCCGCAGCCGGGCGCGCAAGUGGCCGCAGGCGCUGCGGAUCAAGAACUCGAGGGACCUGAUCAGACCGCUCAUACUUUAUCCAGAGCAGAGAUUCUGAAAGCGGAUAACAUGCCGGGACCACGUCUCUGUAACCGCAUCAUCUUAGCCUCUAAAUGCCACGCCAUCCGCGACGCGCAGAUCUCUGAGAAGGAUCUCAUUAAGAAGGAGCUUACAGAAGAGGAGAGAAGACUGGACGCGAUAAUGGAGGAGAACCGUCAGGCGGCGGUGCGGCGCGCGGAGCAGGACGAGGAGCGCCGCCACCAGCUGCGUCUGCAGAACCUCGCUGCACUCAAGGAGCAGAUACAAGCUCACGAUACUGCUAAGAUAAUGGAAGCGGAACGCAUAGAAGAAGAGAGUAUUAGAGUGAACCAGGCUAACAUUGCGAUGAGAAUUGAUGAGGCGCAGAAGCUCAAGGAGAAACAGAUGCGCCAGGCCAAGCUCAAGGAGAUACUCGAUCAGGGUAACGCGGAAUUGCUAUACUUCAAGCAACUUCAGAAUGAAGAAGAGCGUAUUCUCAACCUGCGUAUCGCAAACUUCCUGAAGAGUCGACAGGAGAGGGAGUCUCGUGCGCGCGCUGAGGCAGAGGCAAUUAAAGCCGCUAAGCAGAAAGGGAUUGACCAUAUCGCUAAGGCACAAAAGGCGGAACAAGAGCUCAAGGAGGAACUGGAAAGGAUCAGAAACCUGAAGAUCCAGGAGGACGUGGAGCGGGAGUACCGGCGCAAGGAGCGCGACGCCGCCAUCAAGAGGAACCGGGACAUGAAGCAUUUACACGAGGCCAGGGUUCAGCAGAUUCACGACAUCCAUCGUUUGAUUGCACGUGAAAUCGCUAAAGACGAGCAGAGCUUCAACAACGCGGCCAGACAAAAUGAAGAGUUCUUACGCAAAGAGAAAAUGUUGGAGGAGCAACGCAAGGCGCGUAUAGAGCGACAUCGUCAGGAAAUCAUGAAACAAAUUAAUGAUAAAGAACGUGCAAGAGCUGAGUUGAGAGAGAAGAUCCGUAACGAGGGAGUCGCGCUGCGCAUGGAGCAAGAACAACAGGAGAAGUACGAACGUAAAAUUAUCAAGCAGAAGGUGGCUGCAAUGAGACAACAAAAGGUGGCUGAGAAAUAUGUCAAAGAAGUUGAACAAACUCUCUGCAAACAUGGAUAUUAG